AUGUCGUUUCGCGGAACACCCCGAGGCGGAGCGCGAGGCGGACGCGGUGGAUUUACCCCCCGUGGCGGUCGCGGAGGCUUCCAGCCAUCCUUUGGCCCGCCGGAUACCGUAUACGCCAUGGGCGAAUUCAUGCACGAUGUCGAGGGCGAGAUGAUGUGCACCUCCACCAACGAGAAGAUCCCGUACUUCAACGCACCGAUAUAUCUCGAGAAUAAGACACCAGUGGGAAAGGUCGACGAAAUCCUAGGACCGAUUACCCAAGUUUACUUCACGAUCAAGCCAUCAGAGGGCAUCCAGGCCAAGUCCUUCAAGAAGGGCGACAAGUUCUUCAUUGGCGGCGACAAGCUGUUACCACUAGACAAGUUCCUGCCGAAGCCGAAGCCCAACCCAGGCGCGCCGAAGGUGAAGAAGCCCGCUGGCAGAGGAGGAGCUCGCGGUGCUUUUGGACCACGGGGCGGUCGUGGCCGCGGAGCACCUCGUGGCGGUGGCUUCUCAAGAGGAGGUGCUGGUGGACGAGGCGGUGGACGAGGCGGUUCCUUCGGCGGCCGCGGUGGUGGUCGUGGUGGAAGCGGAGGUUUCUCGCGCGGUGGUGGACGUGGUGGCUUCAGCAGCCGUGGAAGAGGAGGUUACUGA